GCGGUCCGGGCCGGAAGUCGGCGAGUUCCCGGGCGUGUGUCGGAGUCUGUGUCUGGAAGAGGCGCGCGGCCCGGGACAAGCGCUAGGAAUUCCCAUCUGAGGCGUCGCCACUGUCACUACCCUCACCCACGGAGCCACUUAUAGAGCGGAGUAGACCCGGCCCUUCGCCGGGCAGAGAAGAUGUUGCCCCUGUCCAUCAAGGACGAUGAAUACAAACCACCCAGAUUCAAUCUGUUCCGCAAGAUCUCGGGCUGGUUUAGGUCUAUCCUGUCGGACAAGACGUCCCGGAACCUGUUUUUCUUCCUGUGCCUGAACCUCUCUUUCGCUUUUGUUGAACUACUCUACGGCAUCUGGAGCAACUGCUUAGGCUUGAUUUCGGACUCUUUUCACAUGUUUUUCGAUAGCACUGCCAUUUUGGCUGGAUUGGCAGCGUCUGUUAUUUCAAAAUGGAGAGAUAAUGAUGCUUUCUCUUAUGGGUAUGUUAGAGCGGAAGUUCUGGCUGGCUUUGUCAAUGGCCUGUUUUUGAUCUUCACUGCUUUUUUUAUUUUCUCAGAAGGAGUUGAGAGAGCGUUAGCCCCUCCAGAUGUACACCAUGAAAGACUGCUUCUUGUUUCAAUUCUUGGGUUUGUGGUAAACCUCAUAGGAAUAUUUGUUUUCAAGCAUGGAGGUCAUGGACAUUCUCACAGCUCUGGCCAUGGACACAGUCAUUCCCUCUUCAACGGUGCUCUGGAUCAGGUGCAUGGCCAUGGAGAUCAUUGCCAUAGUCAUGAAUUGAAACAUGGUGCUGCACAUAGCCAUGAUCAUGGUCAUGGCCAUGGACACUUUCAUUCUCAUGAUGGUCCCUCCUUAAAAGAAACAACAGGACCCAGCCGACAGAUUUUACAAGGUGUAUUUUUACAUAUUCUCGCAGAUACACUUGGGAGUAUCGGUGUAAUUGCCUCUGCCAUCAUGAUGCAAAAUUUUGGUCUAAUGAUAGCAGAUCCAAUUUGUUCAAUUCUCAUAUCCAUGCUUAUAGUUAUAAGUGUUAUUCCUCUUUUAAGAGAGUCUGUUGGAAUAUUAAUGCAGAGAACACCUCCCUUGUUGGAAAAUACUCUGCCUCAGUGCUAUCAGAGGGUGCAGCAGUUGCAAGGAGUUUACAGUUUACAAGAACAGCACUUCUGGACCUUAUGUUCUGACGUUUAUGUUGGGACCUUGAAAUUAGUAGUAGCCCCUGAUGCUGAUGCUAGGUGGAUUUUAAGCCAAACGCAUAAUAUUUUUACUCAGGCCGGAGUGAGACAGCUUUAUGUACAGAUUGACUUUGCGGCCAUAUAAUGAAUGAAAAGAAACUAUACUUUUUUGGGGACGUAAUUUUUCUGGUACUGUACAAUCCCAAACAUUGUACCUAGCUUCUUAAAAGAGAGAAAUCAUCACUAUAGCUCCCAGGCGCCAGGCAGUCAGCCGUUUGUGCUGUGCCAGGAGUUCCCAGCGAAGGGAUCGCAAUUAAGAGGCUCUCUCCUGGACUUUCGGUCUUGUCUUUUGUGCUCUUCCCUCCGAACCAUUUUGAUUUCUGAGGCGUCUAGUUUUGUUCCAGGGCGGUGUUUUUUGUUGGUUUGUUUGUCUCAUUUCCAGCGUCCUCACUCCCACCCGUCACCCUAGGUAAGAAGUUCAGACUGCGGGCCUCCAGUCAUCUGGAAUGUCUUCACUGAAGCUGCUGGAAACCACUCUUUUAUUCCCACAAAACCAGUGUUAUUUAAAAAAAAAAAAAGAAAUGGAAAUCUCUUUUAUAUGUAAUGUCACAAUUGUUGACGUUCUUCAGUAUAAUCAUAUGUUUGUAAAAUUGUUUGUACCUUGCAAACUUAUGAACCAAACCAUAUUGGGUUUUCAAAGUGCCUUUGUAUCAGAAAAUGUAUUUGCCAGCAUAGAAACAUACCAUCAGAGGUCAUGCAUGGUUUUUUUUAAUGGGUAUUCUGUAAUCUGUACAAAAUAAGACUCUUGUUAGUAAUGUAUGCAGAUUUUGUCUUUUUGUGUACUUCCAGCACAGGUCUAGGGAUAUGAAAAUUUUCCUUUUAUUGCUUUAUCUCAUCAAAAAAUAAAAGGUGUUAUUUUGCUUUUUAAAUCAAAUUCAGUUAUCACAUUAAAUUAUUUUGUAGAUUUUGUUUUCAAAACUUUGCAAAUGUAUCUGUUACAUAGACGAUUGUUUUGACUUACUUGAAACAUCUGCUAAAUUCCAAAUUUCUAUAAAAGCUACUGUGUUGUCUAUGAUAAACUUUCCUGUAUCUUCCUUGCCAUUUAUAUGAAUUUUAUUAAUGAAAGAAAAAAGCAACAUAGAAUGAAGGCAGAAUGGUUGUGACAAUAUUAUUUUGCAUUUUCGUUCUUCAAAUGCCACCUCAUGUAAUUUGUUCUGUGCGAGUGUUGCGUAAAUAUAGUUCCUUUCAGGAAUCCUAAAGCAGCAUUUUCAUGAGCUUGAACUAUUGAAGGUACAGAGCAAAUGUGGUAAUAGAGAAGUCUUCCUAACAGGUGUCUUAGAAGUUCAUCAGUGAGUUGAUUUCUAGGUUCUUGUGUAUUUGAAAAAUAAAAUUGCAAUUUGAGAUGACAAGUGUUUAAACACUCAAAUAUUCUUUGUGUUUUAUGAAGAAAUAUGGAUCUGGAUAGGCAUUUUCCCACUGUGCUUUAUUUUAUCACAGUGUAUAUUCCCUUUUAACUUUAAAAAAUUGAAAUUGUUGGGAAAAAAACCCCGCAGGAUGGAAAUGAUUGUUUCAGAUGUAGAUCAAAAAUCAACCUCUUUUCACUGAUGUGGCAGAAAUCGCUGUUGAUUUUGUCUGAGUUUUAGAAUGUCUUUUUCCUAUUUCUGACCUACAAUUAAUGAACUAUACUACAUUAGGAAAACUAGACUUUCUUCACACUUUUCUAAACUGCUGCAGAGUGCCACGAACUGUUGAUAGUUUCUGUUUUGCAGCUAAGUAGUAUUUCCAGAACAUUUUUUCUCACUGCCAGGCAGUUCUUAAGCUCAGAAUUCCUGCAGUAGAAUGUGUUCAACUGCAACAAUUGUUGAGAUGUUUUAGGAGGGAAAGUGUAAAAGGCAAUGUCCUGAUAAGGGUGCUGCUCUUUCAGGAGAAGUCUAAGUAGUCUUUUGGAAGUUUGCAUCCACUACCAAGGCUGAUGGAAGCCUAGGAUAUUCUGUGAGUUUUGGCAUGUUAUGGAAAAUAACAGAUCUAGAGGAAGGCAGGAAUUUUAGAGUGUGCCUUUGAAAGCUAACUAUGUGUAAUCGUACUUAGAUUUCACAUACGGAGAUAAUAUUUGCACUGGCUUGUAAAAUUUACCAGUGUGUUUGAAAGACCCAAUUUUGCCUUUCACUGAGCCCUCCGUUCCAGGUGAAGUUUUUGUCAAAAUAUGCGUCACUUUAUUUAACUGUAUUCUCAAUGCACUGAUGCAUGAGUAUGUUUUUUCUUUGCUGGGGCAGGGUAUAUGGACUAUUAGACUGAUAGGAAACUACUUCUGCACCUGUUGGAAGAGACUGCCUGGUCAUAUCAUUUAGCAGGUUGGCAUUAACAUUUAUGGUUUAAUUAAAUGUCCUUAAACCUGUGUGUGCAGCAGUAAAAAUUUAGUGUGAGAAAGCACCUUUUGCCCACUCUUAGGAAAUACUUUGUCUUAUCAGUGUUCUUGCCACUGAUGUAUUGCCAAAGUAGAUAAUUUCACUGAGAAAUACUACCUGGUUAUUGUUAUAAAAUAAAUUUAGGAUGUCCCUCUUGUUGGGCUGACUCUCUGGGGUAAAAAGAAUCUCUAAGUAUCUGAGUAUAACUUUGCUAAUAUUUUAAAAACCAAAAUAUUCUUUAGAGAACAAAUUUGUAUUGCUCAUGGAAAGUUUAUCUUACCAAGUAAACUCCUCCAAACAGAAAUAUACCUAUACUAGUUUUGUGUUUUUAAAUCUAGAUUGUAUGAAUCAAGGUGAAGGGCUUAACCUAUGUACCGCUUCCUUAUUUUGCUGACUCCCUGCACCUUGGUGAAGGACAGUAUCUAGUUUUUCUGUGGCUCAGUGUUUGUCACGCUGUCAUCGCCUUGCCUCUUCUGCAGAGGCAUAAGAAAGUGGUAACAGAUGUUAUUGGCAUUGUGCUUUCCCGUGUGUCUGGAAUGCUUCAGCAUUUUUCAAAGCCUCCACAGGUACACCAGGAACCAAAAUCCUGUGACUUUUGUGCACCUUUGCCAAGCAGCCAAAUCACUGACUCCAAAUGCAGUUGGUCAGAGUUCUAUAAUGUUUUUAUCUACUAUGGAAUAAUCAGUUCUAUAGAGAGUAUUAAUAUGGCAGCAUCCUCUUAUAGGAUGCUGGGACUUAAGAACAAAAAUACUGCAUUGCUUCACAUGCAGUUUUACAUCUGAGGGGAUGGUCCUGAGAGGCGGUGUAGCUCUACCUCUCAUUUUACAGAUGAGAAAAUUGAAACCCAGAAAAGCUGCCAUUUAUUCAGUCACACAGAUAAUUAGUGGCAAAGCCAUGACUAGAGUCCAGGUCUUCUGACUCCAAGUCGAGAGUUCUUUCUAUUCUACUGUGCUGCCUCUCAAGUGUAAGAUUUGCCUUUCUGUAAAUGUGACAAAAAAGCAUUUGUAAAUAAAGGACAUCUGACCUCCAUUUUUGGUACAUUAAGGCACUUUAUAAAUGGAGUUUUAUUGUCUUAUUUUUCAUAUCUAAUUAUGAGGUUUAGAAUAUUAUUUCCAUAGUAUUCUUUAUGGAAGAUAUAAUUAAUUUUUUUACUCUUUUUUACUUUUUUACUCUUGUGAAACCAGU